GCCAUUAAAUUCGCGCAAGAACACUCGGUUUAUACAACCAUCCUGGCCCUAGGGGUGUUGGUGGCCCUCAUGCAUUGGGUGCUUGAAGUGCUUGGAUGUGCUGAGCUAGGCCCGGGGGAAGCGUCAGUUGCAGCGAUGUGGCAGAGCCGGUAUGCAGGGUAUGUGUCGAAAGUGUCUUUGUUGGAAUUUUUUGCAGAGGCUGGG